AUGUCUUGGUCUGUAAUUAAUCUACCUUCUGCAGUCGCAGCACAGCGAGAGAGACUUGCCGAGACACUGAAGUACAACAUAUUACUGCCGCGAGAAUGCAUCCAUCCCCAGAUCGCGAGAAAGAUUGGAUAUCUCAUCGUCUAUACUGGGCACGCCUUGGGUACCGAAUUCUCUUUGUCAGUUUCCGUCCCAUACCCUUUCUCGCAUGAAGAACAAGCGGAAUUCGCGAAAUGUGAUUCAAUAUGCGGAGGCUCAGAACAUGCGACCACGGGAUCACAGUCUUUCUGCACUAAGGAGAUCUUCCAUGCACCUCUGUCCCUUGACACAGCUCCGGAUAGUGCACUCGGUUCGUGGUCUAUGACGCAGCCAGAUUGCCGGCCCUUGUCCAACACUCCGUCGUACCAAUUGAUCUCUCAGAAAGCCAAUAACAGAUACGGUGCUGUUCUCUCCGCUCUGUAUGGUUUCUGGUCUGCGCGCCAAGCUGUUGUUCAGUCUGCGAAUGGCGCUCGGCGUGAUGUGUACUCCGUGGUUACCUUUAGCACAUCAUCACGACUUGGUGAAAUUGUCAGCUCUGGAACCCUUGUCACUGAAAUUGUGCGUAGGGCUCCCGUGUUGGUUUUCUUGAGCGAUGGCGAAGCUCAGGUCAGCGACGCGACAGUUUACGAUAUUUGCCGGAAGGCAGUCACAUUAGGGUAA